AUGUGUACUGCCAACACAGUUGUUGAUCAAUUCAAUAUAACUGAAGACGAAGUUUCCAUGCCCAACAUGAAGAAUGUGACCUAUAAAGCCACAAAAGGAACAUCCACAAAUUCGCAAGUUGGAAAGAAGAAAUCAAAAUCGAAUACUAAAGUUGUUGAGAAAGUUUCUUCAGUGAAAAAUAUUCCUGAGAAGUCUAGGAAAGGUGGUUCUAAGAAGGUUGCGAAAGAUGCAACUGAGAAGUCAGAUGCAGGUGGUUUUGAGAAAGAAUCUAUUUCUCGUACUUUUCAAGUUGUCAUGAAUGAGCCUAUCACCACCUUAUUUUCUUCUCAGUCGACACAACCAGAGAUACAAACUAAUGAAAAUGAGGACAAGGACCGAAUUGUUGGAUUUGUUGAGUUGGAGUUUGAUCCUGCAAAAGAGGAUGUAGAUGAUAACACAAUUAUGUCAUGGAAGCAAUACAAUAUUUUAAAUUCUAAACUCAGCACCAUUCUUCAAUUUCUCAAUGAUAAUGUUGGGAAAUCCACUAUGAGUGGAGAAUAUGCGACAACCCGAAAUUUCUAUCUAGUAAAGCCAAUCAAUCCAAUCAAAUGCUAG